UAUACCGAACGGUUCUUGUUUCCAACUCAAUUGGUGCUCCAGAUAAGACUGCUGCGGCCAAAACCGUUCCCUCAUGACUUCCAUCCAUAACUCGUUUUGGAACCGGCGAGAAUUGUCUAAAUGAAUUAGCGCACAAAUUCCCAAUAAUCCAAUCCCAUUCUUACGAUGUAGCCUGGUCUACCUCCGCAAAGUAGUUUUGCUGGUUGUGUCUGAGCUGGACUCCUUCUGUCAUCGAGGUGGGAGUUGCUGUCUGGAGCUCUUUGGAUUGGGCAUCUUGACUGUUGAACCGCACAGCGCCGGAAAGACCCCUUUGCGAUGCUGAUCCGCCAGCUCUAAGUAAUCGGCCGCUAAUUGAAGGUCGUAGGAGCGACAUUUUGUGUUGUCUCCGAAUCUAUGGCUAUCGCAUCUAUCGCGACGUCGUCCAACUUCCUUGAAGUCCACCCAGAUGGCGCUAAACCCUUUUAGUCUAGCGCCACCUUGAAAUCCCGAGCUUGUCAACUACGAUGUCUUCUCUCCAACCGCAAUCAACCACAGGAAUCUCUUCUACGCAACAUCAAGACUCUCAAUAAAGGUACGAAACUCCGAGGAAAUGCACAAUCAACGCUCGUCAAAAGUUUUGGGGCCAAUUGAACUAACGCCGGACAUAGACAUCAAGAUGAGCUUCGUUACCCGUCGGGCGCUUUCUACCCUUAUUCCACCUAAGGUAAACCUCUACGAUAUUGUUCCAAAUACCCUAAUUUGCAUAGCUAAUGACUCACUAGGUGGCCUCUCCAUCCGUAAGUUGCGCCGAUUCCAGAACUCCCAUGAUGCACCUUCGAUCCGAGUGCCCGCGAACCUUCCGAUGAGGCAGAUAUAUUCGAGAGAGAUGUAGAAAGGAUUAGACUGAUAGGAAACAGGGGCUCGGUGCCGCACAAGAUGCUGCUCGUAUGUCUCGUGUAGUAAGCUUCUACGAGAAGCUCCCAAGAGGAUCCGCCCCAGAGAUCAAGCCCAAGGGACUUUUCGCCAGAUAUCAACACGCAUACUUUGGAAAGAACUCUUCUGCAACCCGUAGGAUACACCUAGCUUUUCUUUGGAGGGUGAUGAAAUGCUAACAACUGAAAUUAUAGCAAUUAUUCACGUUAUUGCUGGCCUUCUUGCCAUUGGUUAUGCUCAGAACUACUACUUCCAUCUUCGUAAGGCUGCUUGCUCUAAUUGAAUACAUGAAUUAAUUGCUAAUUCGUAACAGGCCACCACAAGAACAACGCCCACUAAGCAGAGUUCUUUGGCUGGGGCAUGAUGAAAGGAUGGCAUAGAGGCAGACGGGACUUGUUUUACUAGGUUGUAAAUAGGAUUAGAAGAAUACCAAAGAGUUCACGG